GCCGUAUCUCUUUACGAAUCACUCAACAUGAAGUUUUCUACGCUUAUUGUUGCGGGCAAUCUUGCCUUGAUUGCAAACGCAUUCUGGCGCAUGGAGUGCCGAGCUAGGUCUGGCCUGGCACGUAUCGACCCUCUUAUCUCACCGGGCGAAGUUGCACAGCAUCUCCACUCGAUUCAUGGAGGUGGAGGCUUCAAUGAUAAUGCCACUUAUGAUGAUCUCAUGGCCUCAGACUGCACUUCUUGCGCUGUUACUGAGGACAAGUCUGCUUACUGGCAUCCGUCCCUCUUCUUUGAGGAUACUACGACCGGAAAGUAUGAGAUUGUCCAGCAGUCAGGCGGCAUGCUUGCCUAUUAUCUCCUCUUUCCCAACACAGCGGGAGGCAAGGUUACUGCCUUCCCCAAGGGCUUUCGCAUGAUUGCGGGUGACAGCUUGCGCCGCAACUACUCCUCGGCUCUUGGUAAUGUCACGCAGCCUGAUCCUCAAAAGUCAGACUGGGCCAAGCUGGGACAAACCUCUCAGCCCGACCUUCAGCAGCGUGCUAUAGGAUUCAACUGCCUGAAUUACGCAAAGGCCCCUGAAGGCUCACUCUACCGCCAUUAUCUUCCUGACAAAUCUUACCUUGACGCGAACUGCGCUGAUGGCGUUCGCUUCGAGAUGAUGUUCCCAUCGUGUUGGAACGGUAAAGAUACAGACUCCGCUGAUCACCGCUCCCAUGUUGCCUACCCGGAUUUGGUCAUGACUGGCAAUUGCCCCUCGACCCAUCCUACACGUCUUAUCAGUCUCUUCUACGAGAUUAUCUGGAACACUGCUGCCUUCAAGGGCCGCACUGGCAGGUUCGUCAUCUCCAACGGAGAUGUUCAGGGUUUUGGCUACCACGCUGAUUUCAUGACUGGUUGGGACGUGGACUUCCUGCAGAAGGCUGCCGAUACCUGCACAAACGCCUCUGGCAAAAUCCAAGACUGUUCGCUGUUCACCAUUCAGGACGACGCAAAAGCAGCGCAAUGUCAGAUCAAGGUUCCAGAUGCUAUGGCCCAUGAGAAUGUCACCGGCCCUGGUCUCACCGCCCUGCCUGGAGAUGUACAGAUACAGGUUGGCCCGCAGCCUGCUACCGAGAAGAAUCCUACUGCCACUUCGGUCUCCUCGUUGCCAGCGAGUUAUGCACCGGGUGCGACGCCGAGUGGUGACCAGUAUCUCCCUGGCCAGGUCUUCAAGCAGUCCAGUGAGGGCACAAGUACUACAAGUUCACCUGCUGCUGCUGCUCAAACACCAUCCCCUGACUCUGGUAAUGAUGGUGCUGCCGCCGUCAAGGCCGAGGCGGAGGCCGCCCCUACUACUACUCCAGUUCCUACCACAACCACUCCCCCUCCACAGCCUACCAUUACCUCACCGCCUCCCGCGCCUACUACGACGCUCACUCGCGAAGAGAGCAAUGACGGCGUGAGGACAGAAUACAUCACCAUUGGAAAUCUCGUUGAGAAAAUCAUCUGGGUUGAGGACAUCAAAUAUGUCACCCAGUAUGUGGAUGAGACUGAUGUAGUCACAGUCAACCCGUUAGCCCGCCGACAAUUGCGUCACCUUCAUAAGCACGCUCACGUUUAGUGAUUGUUGCAUUUCUGAAGUUGUCACAUACUGACAGCAGGGCCGGCUCUCGUUGUCUUCCUGUCGGCAGCAGGAGGGAUUUUUUAUGUUUUGGUUUUCUUUGUUCCUUUUUUUUUUUUUCCAUGGAUCAGUUCAGUAAAUUUUGAGGACUUUUUUUUUUUUGUCAACUUCUUUUUCAUUUGCAUCUUGCCUUCAAUUCUAUUCUACCUUAACUUCCUUCUACUUUACUGGACAGGUUUCGAGUGGCACAAUGAUUGGACUGAUUUGCAAGAAUUUUACCAAAUACCCAAAUACAAAUACAGAACUCAGUGCGGAGAAGAUCUCUCUGCAUUAUUUCGAUAGCAAAACUAGUCGAAAUUUUCACUUCCAUCUAAAUGCAGCCCACAG